AUGGCAAACCCAUACACUUCUCUUGCCGCUAUCCUUGCUGCAGGCAUCGAUGGUCUGAACAAAGGCCAGCCACUUACUGCAGGGGACUGUCAAACUUCCCCGGCAUAUAUGUCGGAAGAGCAACGGGCCAAGCUCAAUAUCCGCCCAGUUCCUCGAAAUCUGCAGGAAAGUAUUGGGUACCUGGUUGAAAAUAAAGUGCUUCGGAAGAUUCUUGGCGAGGAAUACACAGCCACAUACAUUAGUGUUGCAAGCGAGUGGAAUCGGCAGCUAAACGAAAUGGAUUCCAACAGUCAGCGGAGGAUGCUACUAGAGAACUACUAG